UGUUUUUGUUUGACAGUGACAGGAAAAUUGUGGUAACCUACUGCGAAAAUUGCGGUGUUUUUUUUUCAAUUUGUAAUUAUUACUCACUUAAAUUCUAAAGGAUAAUAAACGUAGUACUUAACUAAAUAAACUAUAUCAUUAUGGACGAAGAAAGUAGAAAACCAAUAUGCCUGAUCAUUUUAGGAAUGGCGGGAGCUGGUAAAACCUCAUUUACGAGACGUUUGGCGGGGAAAAUAGUGGAAGGUUCCCGACCGUAUUUGAUCAAUUUGGACCCGGCUUGCAGAGAAGUACCUUAUCCAGCUAAUAUAGAUGUAAGAGAUACAGUAGAUUAUAAGGAAGUGAUGAAACAGUAUGGCUUAGGACCUAAUGGUGGUAUUGUCACAGCCCUGAAUUUGUUCUCAACAAAAUUCGGUCAAGUUGUAGAUUUGAUUGAGAAAGCUGGGAAGAAACAUAAAUAUUGUGUCAUUGAUACACCAGGUCAAAUAGAAGUAUUCACAUGGUCAGCAUCAGGCACAAUAGUGACGGAAACUCUUGCAUCAUCUUGUCCAACCGUGGUAGUGUAUGUCAUGGACACAGUGAGAAGUGUGUCUCCAGUUACAUUUAUGUCCAACAUGUUGUAUGCCUGCUCCAUUUUGUACAAGACGAGACUGCCUUUCAUUGUUGUUAUGAACAAGACAGAUGUAGUAGACAACGCAUAUGCGGUGGAAUGGAUGCGUGACUUCGAGUCGUUCCAAGAGGCGCUGGACGCGGGUACGGAGAGCUCGAGCGAAGGCGGCUCGUACGCCGGCAACCUGGCGCGCUCCAUGGCCCUCGCACUCGACAACUUCUACUCAGACCUGAAGUGCUGUGGUGUCAGUGCACACACCGGAGAUGGAUUUGAUGAAUUCUUCAAGUUAGUUGAUGUAGCUGCUGAAGAAUAUGAGAAAGAAUAUAAAGCGGAUUGGCUCAAAAUGAAACAGGAGAAAGAGGAAGAAAGAAAACGACAAGAGGAAGAGUUGAAAAGAGAUACACAUGAUUCAUCCGAGGCAGUGAUAGACAAGAAGAAACUUAUAGAAGAGGUAGUGUCGGGGAGGGAGAUAGCAGAUAUGUAUCUGAAACACCCGGGCAAUGAGAGCUCCAGCGAUGAGGAGGGAACCGAGGCUGGGGUUAUUGAAGAUGACAAACCAGAAGAUGUUGCCAUGUUCCAAGAAUUUUUAAGGAAACACGUCAAACCAAACAACAUGGACAGUAAAACUUAGUAAUAAGAGUUUAAUUAAAUACUCCCGUAUAAAAUAAGAUAAAACGAUUAAAUAUGUAUAUGUAUGAAAA